GGUUAUAAUAUUCUACUUUAUAGUAAUUAUUAUAUUAUUUUUUAUUCGAUCCGUUUGUAUUUCGUAAUCAUUUCACUGGCUCGUGUAUAAUAUAUUGUGCCGUAUAAUAUAUGACACUACUGAGUUGUUUGAAAUAUUUCAAUAAUUUUCAAGAACUGAAAAUGAUCUCAGACGAGGACAUUUUACUCCAUUUAGAUGAGAUUAUUGCAAACGAAGAAUCAGAAGAUGAAUUUAUAGAUGACAUAAAUUUUUAUAUCGAGAAUGAUGAUAUUGAGGUGAUUGAGCUGGUGGUUUCAGAUCCGCUGUCUUCUUAUCAUUCUCCAAUAGACCUACGUACAAUAGCACCAGUUAGGCGAGAAAAAAAAUACCAUUACAGACACCAAAUUUUAAAUGGAAAACUAAAGGAAACUUUAGGCCAAAAGAACAUUAUUUUGACUCAUCCAAGUGUGGAGUUCAAAAACACGAAUUUGGUUUGAAUAGCAACUCAAGUAAACUAGAGUUUUUUGAAGCAUUUAAUUCUGAAUUUUUACUUGGCAAAGUAGUAUUUGAGACAAAAAGGUACGCUGAACAGUAUCCAAUGAAAUUUCACAUCAAUCUAGAGUCAAUGCUUGGAAGGAAAUGUUGGUGAGAUGUUUACAUUUUUAGCAACUACUAUAUUGAUGUCAAGAAAUAAAAAACUAGACAUCAAAGACUACUGGUCUACUGACCCAUUACUGAGCUCACCAAUUUUUAGACAAAUAACUUCUAGAAACAAAUACUUAUUAUUACUUCAAAUGCUUCAUUUCUGCAACAAUGACAAUCAAGAAAAAAGAAACCGUCUAUUCAAAUUAGAUAUUAUAUUAGAUGAAAUUCACACAAAUUUUAAGGCUGGAAUGGUGCCUUUUCAAAAUAUAGUAAUUGAUGAAAGCUUAGUCCUCUGGAAAGAUAGACUAAGCUUUAAACAAUUUAUCAAAACAAAAAGGCAUCGUUUUGGAAUAAAAUUAUUUGUCCUCUGUGACAUUGAGACCGACUUCAUCCUUGAUUUCAUUAUGUAUACUGAAGCUGAAACAAGAUUACUUCCAUAUGAUGCAAAUAUUGGCAUAUCAGGAGCUGUUGUAAAAACUUAUAUUGCACCAUACUUGAACAAAGGAUAUAACUUGUAUACUGAUAAUUGGUUUACUUCCCUAAUAUUAGCAAAGUAUUUAUUCAAAAAAAAAAAAAAAACUACAAUAACAGGAACAG